AUGGGCAACAACAAGAAGGGACCGAAGAAGGCUGCGGGUGGCACCAAGCCCGCGCCGGCGUCGGCCAAGCCUGUCCAUGCCAAGCAGCAGCAGGGUGCCUCCAAGGGCAAGCCGCAGCAGAAGCCGGCACAGCCCAAGGGCCAGCAGCAGCAAGCGCAGCCCAAGGGUAAGCCGCAGCAACAGCCUGCUCAGACCAAGGGCAAGCCGCAGCAGCAGCAGCAUGUGCAGCCCAAUCCCCAGAAAAAGGCGCACGAGAAGAAGGGUGCUGCUGCUUCGACGCCAAACCCAAAGCAGGGCAAGCCGACGACGCCUGUGGCGAAGGAGGGCAAGAAGGGUCGCAUCGUUGUCGAGGCCGAAGACACGCAGCCCAACGAGAAGCUCGCGCUCAUGCUCAAGAACAUGAAGGACAACGCCGUCGCGUGGUACCUGGCUAUCAAGCCGCUGUCGGCGGGCAAGGCAACGAAGGACACGCCCAAGUACAAGCCGAACGACCCGAUCGUCGAAGAGAAGCGCAAGAUGGCCGAGUCGGCCAUGGAGAAGCAGCUCAAGGCGCUCGAGUCCAAGGGUAGCCUCUCGAGCGACGAGAAGUACCUCAAGACGAUGAUGAAGUCUGGUACGUUGGCCGAUCGAAUUGCUGCGACGACGCUCGCGAUCCAGGGAUCGCCGAUCCACAACCUCCAGCGCCUGAGCCAGCUCGUGACGAUGGCCAAGAACAAGUCGCGCCGCGAGUCGCAGAUGGCUGUCGACUCGCUCAAGGAUCUCUUCCUCAACAACCUCCUCCCGGACCGGAAGCUGCAUUUCUUCCACCAGCAGCCGCUGCACCGCGCCGACGCGACCUUGCAGCACCUCGUCAUUUGGUACUUUGAGCACUGCAUCAAGAUGGCGUUCUCGCAGCUCAUCGCUGUGCUCUCCAACGGCAUGAACGAUGCCAUCGACGUGCACAAGCGGGCGUGCAUCCGCGCGGUCUUCGCGCUCCUCACUGAAAAGCCCGAGCAAGAAGCUGUUUUGCUCUCGAUGCUGGUCAACAAGCUCGGCGACCCGGAGCGCAAGAUUGCGGCUUAUGUGCUGCAUCAGCUCCAAGAACUGCUCAAGAAGCACCCCGUCAUGAAGCGCGUUGUGGUCGCAGACGUUGAGCGCCUCUUGACGCGCACCAAGGUCACGGAGCGCACCAAGUACAACGCCGUGCUGUUUUUGAACCAGCUCUACUUGGAUGCCAAGGACAAGCCGCUGGCGACGCAUCUCAUCAAGGUGUACUUUGGUCUCUUCACGAAAGAAGUCCACCGAACGGGCUCGGAAGCUGGCGGCCUCGAGCGGAAGCUUCUCUCGGCGCUCCUUGUCGGUGUCAACCGCUCGUUCCCGUACGCCGAGUGCACGUCGGCGGACUUUCAGUCAGAAAUUGACACGAUGUUCCGUGUGGUCCACACGGCGCAUUUCAGCACGAGUGUUCAAGCCCUCAUGCUCCUCUUCCAAGUCAUGAACUCGACCAACUCGGUGCCCGAUCGGUUCUACACGGCCUUGUACGCCAAGCUGUUGGACCCCAAGCUCCCGACGACGUCCAAGCACGCGAUGUUUUUGAACGUGCUCUUCCGCGCCAUGAAGUCGGACGUCUCGCCCGCGCGUGUCAACGCGAUGAUCAAGCGCCUCCUCCAAGUCGCGUACACGAUGGCACCAGCCUUCGCGUGCGCUUCGCUCUACCUCGUGUCGCAGGUCAUGGCCCAUAACCCGCGCCUCCGCGGCAUGAUCAACAUGGCCGAAGCCAGCGAUGUGAGCGUCGUGACCAACGACGCGACGUCCAACGCCAAGGACGACGAUAACGAGGGCGAUGACGACAAGGGCGACGAUGACGAAGACGACGAUGCCGAAGAAGAGACGGCGUCCGACGACAAUGCGACCGAGAAGGUCCCCGAAGAAGACGACGCCGACAUGAUGGCGGAGCGGGAUCGCUCGGCGGCGCUGCUGGCGGCCAUGGGCCUUGACGGCGCGGACGCAGUGGCCGAGCGCCAGAGCACGUCGCAGGCCGGUGUCGCGACGGUGUACGACGCCAAGAAGCGCAACCCCUUGUACGCGGGCGCCGACAACGCGUGCCUCUGGGAGCUGCAGCCGUUCCUGCAGCACUACCACCCGUCCGUGGCCACGUUUGCCAAGCAGCUGCUCGAAGGGCAGAUCGUCUACAGCGGCGACCCGCUCACGGACUUUACGCUCACGACGUUUUCGACAAGUUUGUCAACAAGAAGCCCAAGGCCAAGGACGGGCCGCACCAGCGCGGGGUCGCGGCGCCGUCGGCGAUGGCCAGCAUGUACUCGGAAGAGUUCCAGAACCAAGACGAAGGCAACGUCGAGGAAAGCGACAAGUUCUUUUACACGUUCUUCAAGGAACGCUUGAAGCGGAAGCCCAAGAAGGCCAAGAAGGAGCCCAAGGACGGCGACGCCUCGGAAGACGACGAGUACGAGGCCUUUGCCCAGCAGUUGGCCGAGGGUCUCAUGCAAGACAACGACGACGAAGACGUCGACAUGGACGACUGGAGCGGUCCGGAGGAGGACAGCGAUGAUGACGAGGGCGCUGAGGACGCGGACCCGAGCGAGCUCCUCGCCAAUGAGUUCCCCGACUCGGACUCGGACGCGUCGGAAGUUGACGAUGAAGAGCUGCUCAUGACCAACGGCCACUCGCUCGGCGACGACGCCGAUGACUUUAUGGACGACGACGACGACGACGACGACGACGAUGACAUGGACGAGGACGAUGACGCGGAUGACGGCGAAGACGACGACGAUGACGAAGACGCCAUGGUGUUCCAGGAAGACAAGACGGCCAAAUUUGCGGCCAAGUCAAAGAAGGGCGCGGCGCCGGACCGGAAGCGCAAGUCGCCGUUCGCGUCCGCGGACGACUACCUGGAUCAGAUUGCCGAGCUCGAGGCCGCUGCGCGGUCGUCCAAGUCCAAAAAGCCUCGCAAGUAAAUCUCCCUAAUCACUACACUAUAUAAUUCGACGCUCGUAACCUACUCCAUGUCUACCAACGCC